AACCUUAAACUGUAUGUAGCGGUGAGCAGAGAUGACUCCUAAGUAAAAUAACCGCUAGGGGGCAGUACUGUCUACAGCACUCCUCUGUUCUCCCCAAAUAACUUCCAGUUGAAGAAAACCGGAAGAAAUGCACCUGAAAUCUGUCUGUAAACCGCCUUUCAAACAACAGAAGAAGAAAAAACCGGAAGUCAACAGAAAGUCUGUUAUGUUGUGCUCAGUGCUGCGCUGAACUACAAGGUAAAUUAAACACGAAUCAGAAUGGCGGAUGAGGAGGACGAGACUGGCUACGAUGAGGAGAUGGACGACGGGUCCGGCGGAGUGGAUUGCGGCCACGGGAAGAGGAAGAGGCUCUUCUCCAAGGAGCUCCGGUGCAUGAUGUACGGAUUUGGAGACGACCAGAACCCGUAUACUGAGUCUGUGGAUAUUCUGGAGGACUUGGUUAUCGAGUUUGUCACCGAAAUGACCCACAAAGCCAUGUCUAUCGGACGCCAGGGCCGUGUCCAGGUGGAGGACAUCGUUUUUCUAAUUCGGAAGGACCCUCGGAAGUUCGCCCGUGUCAAAGACCUGCUGACCAUGAACGAGGAGCUGAAGAGAGCUCGCAAAGCUUUCGAUGAAGCUAAUUAUGGCUCAUAAACAAAAUGUGGCUGUUACAUUAUUUGUAAUAGCUGUCCUGUGUUCAGACUUGACUUGCUGUCCAAAGUCUGUUUUUUCUGAUCUAACGUUUAUUAUUUCGUAUGGUGGUAUGGCAGAGACAAACAUUGUUGCCUGUUCUCAUAUCUGUCUGGGAUUCUCAAUAAAUAAUUGUUGUUUUAAUAUGUACAGUCAUUAAUGUUAAUAUAUAAGAAUACCCAGAUAAAAUAGCAAAUACAUCCAGAUCAAACGCAUGCAUAGGGGCGUGUUUAUUUAAAAGCAAAUGACGGGAUGAAUAUAUAACAUUACGUUAUAUUAAACAUGCCAGGGGGUCAACAUAGAAAGGAACACAAAUCCUCUCAAUUUUGCUUCAUUUAAAUGAUUGAUUAAAUCUACCAACAUCU